GUAUUAACUAUAACAUCUACAGAUUUUAUGUAGGCUUGAAAGUUUCCCUGUUGUAUUCCUGGUCAUUGUGUUCGGAAUAAGCAUAACGUUCCUUGUUUUCGAUAGAUAUUAAAAGUCGAAUGUAGGUGUUGAUAAGGUAAAAUAAUAGCAAGUUGUCAAUUGUUUAGUUGAGGAAAAAUUUUAUUGCUAUGGCUGUAUCUUAAACUAAGGCCACUGCUAUAUUAAGAGAAGGGAAGUCUAUUAUUUUUUAUAAAAAUAUAUAUAUAUUUUGGCGCUGAAUGCUGUCAUUGUGUCUGAUUAAUGCGAGGUUCUGAAAUGGCAAGUUAUUGUAAAGUAAUGACGUAAAUGCAUCGUCUCUUCUUUAAUAAUAGUGUUAGGCUCUUAGCUGAGCGAAUUGUUAGCGAUAAAAGAUUUUUGACAUGAAUGUUGGUGUGCACCAUUUGACGUCUAACCCAACUGAAGCUUGGAGGGAAUUGUCAAGAUUUCAAAGGGUUAUCAAAGUGCACGUGAAAGCACCGAAAUCAGAUGUAUUAGCCAACAAGGUUCGCUUUGUGUGCAUGAGCGACACACACUCUCUGACGCCGCACAUCAAGUUCGACAUUCCUCCGGGAGAUGUAUUCGUGCACGCGGGAGACUUCACUCGCUGCGGCCGUGAGGAGGAGGUUCAGGAGUUCAACAACUGGAUAGGCGAGCUGCCUCACAAGCACAAGAUAGUGAUCGCAGGCAACCAUGAGCUAAGCUUCGACCGCACAUUCACCCACCCCCUGGGGCACAGCCCAGGCGGGGACCGCUGCACCCACACUGGCCUCAGCGUCCUUGACCAGAUCCCCACCCUGGGGCUGCCCAAGGAGUCGCUGGAGGAGGCCAUCCAGGCUCGUCAUGCCAAGGACGCACUCACCAACUGCACCUACCUCCAGGACCAGGGUGUGAUGCUGUACGGCCUCAAGAUAUACGGCACGCCGUGGCAGCCCGAGUUCUGCAAGUGGGCGUUCAACGUGCCGCGCGGCGAGGCGUGCCUGCGCAAGUGGGAGCAGAUACCGGGGGACACUGACGUGCUGGUGACGCACACCCCGCCUGUCGGCUACGGCGACCUGUGCUGCUCCGGGGUGCGUGCCGGCUGCGUCGAGCUGCUGGCGACCGUGCAGCAGAGGGUGCGGCCGCGCUACCAUGUGUUCGGCCACGUGCACGAGGGCUAUGGCAUCACGACUGACGGCAAGAUAAUCUACAUCAACGCCUCCACCUGCGACCUCAACUACCUGCCCACCAAUCCGCCCAUCGUGUUCGACGUAGCGUUGCCUGCAGGGGUCACCAAGGACCACUUCCCCUAGCUCCCAGCAUCGUGAUCUGUUGCACAAAUAUGUUAUGAUUUUUUUAUGAUUUAUAUUUACAAAUUCUGUAUUUUUAUUUAUUGAACUAGAUUUAUUUGUUUUACUUACA